AGCAUGUUAAUAAUCCCAUACAGAGUGCUGGGAGUGAGAAACUGUAACAGAUUUUAGCUGAUAGCCUCUCACUGGUGGGUACUGUGCAGGCGCAGAGCACUCCAGUCCCAGUGUGUGCUUCCUCUUCCCAUGUGCUGGGUUACCAAGCUUGGUGCUAGUGCGUCCGCUGGUGCGGAAGGGAAGCAAUGCUCCAAAGACUUUACUGAGGACUUGAAAAUUCUGGUGGAAAUAGACUUUGUUGCUCUCAAGAUACCAUGUUGCCUCAGAAGAGGGGAAGAAUACCUUCCAGAAUAGCUGUGAACUGUUACUGGGCAGUCUUAGCAGUUUGCUUACUGUUUCUUCAAGGUGCAUUCCCUCUCCAGCAAGACCAACCCAGAGUGUUGUUAGUAUCUUUUGACGGAUUUCGAUGGGAUUACAUCUAUAGAGUGUCAACUCCCAAUUUUCAUUAUGCCAUGAAGAAUGGUGUUCAUGUCAAACAGGUCACUAAUGUGUUUAUAACUGAAACGUAUCCUAAUCAUUAUACAAUGGUGACAGGUCUGUAUGCAGAAAGCCACGGUAUAGUUGCUAAUGAGAUGUAUGAUCCUAUUCUGAAUGAAACUUUCUCUAUGAAUAAAAUGGAGAUCUAUAACUCAAAGUUCUGGGAAGAGGCCAGUCCAAUAUGGGUAACGAACCAGAUGGAAGGACAUAAAAGCGGAGCUGCUAUGUGGCCUGGAACAGAUGUGAAAAUACAUGGAGUCCUUCCUACGAAUUAUAUGCCCUACAAUGAAUCUGUUUCGUUUGAAGAUAGAGUUGCUAGGCUUAUUGACUGGUUUACAUCAGAAGAACCCAUAAACUUUGGUCUCCUAUACUGGGAACAGCCUGAUGAGAUGGGCCAUAUUCUGGGCCCAGAAAACCCGCUUAUGGGACUGAUAAUUAGUGAUAUUGACAAGAAGCUGGGAUAUCUUAUAUCUGAACUGAAGAAAGCGAAGCUGUGGGAUGUGAUAAAUGUCAUAGUCACAAGUGAUCAUGGAAUGUCACAGUCAUCCUCCGAAAGGCUCAUUGAGCUUGAUCAGUAUGUGGAUAGAGAGCUUUAUAAAGUGAUUGACCAUUCUCCUGCAGUAGCUAUUUUGCCAAAAGAAGGUAAACUGGAUGAAGUAUAUGAAGCUCUGGCCAAUGCUCACCCCAAUAUGACUGUUUAUAAGAAGGAGCAGAUUCCAGAUAGAUUACAUUACAAACACAACAGUAAAAUUCAGCCAAUCUUAGCAUUGGCUGAUAAAGGAUGGGUAAUUGUACACAACAAGUCUGACCAUUUUCUGUUGGGUAAUCAUGGAUAUGACAACAUCUUGCCAGAAAUGCAUCCAAUCUUUUUGGCGUUUGGGCCUGCUUUCAGAAAGAACGCCACGAAAGAAGUCAUGAACGCUACAGACUUGUACCCCUUAUUGUGCCACCUACUUGGCGUUAACCCACUGCCGAACAAUGGUUCGUUCAAUGAUGUGAAAGAUAUUCUUGCUGAGGUGGUUCCAAGACAGCCUUAUCCUGAAGCCCGUGAAACAGAGUCCUAUGCUUACUUCAUAGGAGUCUCUCUUGGCAGCAUUCUUGUUUUGUUUUUUCUUUUUGUUUUUGUUAAGCAUUUAACCCGCAACCAGAUAAAUACCAUGCAAGUGCAACAUACUGAAAUUGCCCAGCCACUAUUGCAAGACUAACUGUGCUUGACAGUGGAGGCACCAUAACGUUUUAGAAUAACAUUUGGUGCUUUUUCCUGUUUGGCACUUCAAAGAAGCUUCUAGAAGCUUCUGCAAAAGUUAAGAAGUGGAUCAGCAGAAAUACGUGAACUAAAACAAAAUGGGUACUGAUCCGUUGGUACACUGGAGUACAUAAAUAACAGGUACAUACAGAAAGAGCAUGUUUCUGUUUCACCCUACAACCACUUAAUCUUUCAGAGGUUGAGAAUAUUCUAGGUAAACCUGGAAAGCUAUAUAUGUAUCUACAUAUAUAUAUAUAGCAUGCAUGUAGUAACAAUAGACCUUGAAUACCUCAUCCUAAACUGCUGAUAGGGAAGUAACAUCAACUGAGGUGCACUGCACAGAAUAUUACAUGGUGUUUUAACUUCUUUCUUUCAGCGAGCUUUUAAGUCUCUUAGAUUCUAACAAGUCACUGAAUGGGACUAGACUGUGCUUUUGGGGUUUCUCUUCCUUACCAAAAGAAGUUCUAUCCUAGAUCACCAUUAGAGAUAGCUUGGUGGAUUAAAUCCUACCGAAUACAAUAUUAAGCUAGGUCGCUUAGCGCUACGUGUCUAAAUUUAGAGCUAGGUAUGUUUCUUCUAAGUCCUGUGUAAGUUGUCGCACCCAAAAUAUUAGUGUAGGUGGUACUGUCUUUAGUAAUCAGCAUUAAAGUACUUGAUUAAUUUAUUUUUAAGUAAAUGUAGGUCUUCACUUUUUCUAUUGCUUCCUCUACACGGGACUAAAUUUUCUUGGAGUUCCCCGUGGUUGGCUGUUUAAAGACACAUACAAGCACAACAGUUGCAUAUCCAAAUGGAUUCUGUUAUACUUCUGUGAUAAGAGGGUUCUUUCUGAGCAAGGCUAAUGGAUCCAUUAAGGAACGUGCCUGUACAAGCAUUUCUCAGAGGGCUGUGAGGCUCACCACUGGAUUUCAAGUCAGAUUCAUCAUUGAAGACAGUUUUGUUAGGGUGAGCUUGCCUGCUGUCUUGUGUUUUAUCUGAUAUUUCCGGGUGCGCCCUUAACACUUGAUGAUUAGCACCUCUAAGGACUAGACACGCAAUUUAAUAAAAUUGUGUACUCUUAAAUCUGAGGGGAAAAAAAAAAAAGAAAUUUAAUGUAUAAGAUUAAAUUGAAUUGAGUAAGAUUGAAGUUUGUUCUUCCAGGGGAAAGUCUGUAUUAGAAAAAAAUGUUAAUUCAGAGUCAGACAAACCUAUGAAUUACUCUGACUCUUUUGGGGGGGUUGUUAAAAUCUUCCCUUUAUUGCCGCCUUUUUUCAGUGAGCUCACUUAAAUGAUAGGUGAGAAGCUGCUGACUAAGUUUUGUAUGAAAGACGUGCUGAGUGAGAAAAGUUGUUUAGUUGUCAGACUUCUUCAAAAGCUGGAUUUCUUUUCUCCCUGGUGUGUUUUGUUUCUGAAUGCAAUACAUGAAGGAGAAAACAAUUCUUUCCAAAUUGACUUAAAUAUUCAGUCUGGUAUUCCCAUAAGUGCAAUUUAUUGAUGCAUGCAAAUGCAUUAGUGCUGACACUUUAUUUGCAAACUGGAUUAUACUUUCCUCGAAACAGUGGAAACAGCUUUAUCCACAGCCCUCAUUAAUUAAAGGGCAGAGAUGAGAACAUCUUGGCCUUGGAUAGUCUCUAUGUCUAAAGAAACUAAUGAUAUGACUUAUUUAAAAAAAAAAAAAAAAAGGUGACUAAC